GAGAAUUCUUUAAUCAGAUUUCAAAUUCUGCUUCAGGUGUAGACUUAAAAUUUAAAUGCAGUCCAGCAAUUGCCUAUGUUUUAACUGUUUUAGGUUAAGACCACAUUUUAAUUAUCUUUUGACAGUAUAUCUCUAAAUAUGGUGCCCGAUGCAACAAACUGAACAAAGUUUCCCAUUAUCCCUGGUCUUCAUUUUGGUUAUUAAAAAAAAAAAAAUCAGAGCCAGUCAUUGUCCAAAAUGGAUGUGAUUUUAACAAAUGGGGUAGGGGAAUGGUGACAAAGGAGCAAGAGGUUAUAGAUGCACAAGAACACCCAAACCCCUUUCCAAAACAGAAGGACAUUCUCCCUGCUCUACCAUCUGAGUAAAAGCCUUCUAGGGCUCCCUCAUGAUGACAGCAGGGUAGUGGGCAACAUGGGAAAAUGAGAAGUACCAAAAGUCCCUGUAGCUGAGUUUAGGGGCACCACGAAGUACUGUCUUAGAUGGAAAGACAGAUAAUUGAUGGAGCAAAGGCCCCCAAAAUGUGGCCAAAAAGGCAAGGAUCUGCUCAAAAGAUCUGCUUGUUGAGGGUGAGGAGGGCAACUGUUGGACACAAAUAACUUCCACCUAAAGGAAUUUACAGCUGCUGGGAAGAAGCUUUCUUUCUGUGAUGGCGCAGGUGAAUUUCCUUCCAGAGUUUUAGGGAGUGUGGAGAUGGGAAAAGGAGUGAUGUCACGUGUGACCCCCUUUUCAAAUCCUGUUGAAAAAUCCACAAAGGUCUGUUCUGACCCAAGCUGAUUUAUGGAAAGGAUACGUUCCAAGAGUUCAGUUGCCUAGAUCUGUAGUCAUUCUUGGUGUGGGCAAAUGCUUUACAACCUUCUCUGUGCUUUGCCAAUGCACUUCAAUCUGGUGUUAUGUUCCUGCACCUCAGAAAAUCAGGAUGAGAAUGGAAAUUACCUUUUUUUGUGAUUCUUUCCAAGUGUUUGAGUGAAUGCCUCAUUACAUGGCUAUUUAGGUGCCUUAUGCUAGUGUACAUAUUAUCCGUUUUAGAACUCAUUAUGUUGAAUAUAUUUAUAAAAACCAUGCUACAUAUCAAACAUCUACCUUAUUUUAGGUGAACUGGCAUGACUUUGCUUUUUUUGAUCCGGUUAUGUAUGAGAGCUUGCGGCAACUUAUCCUAGCCUCGCAGAGCACGGAUGCUGAUGCUGUUUUUGCAGCAAUGGAUUUAGCAUUUGCAAUAGACCUGUGCAAGGAGGAGGGUGGAGGGCAGGUUGAACUUAUCUCCAAUGGUGUAAAUAUACCAGUCACCCCUCAGAAUGUUUAUGAAUAUGUCCGGAAAUAUGCAGAACACAGAAUGUUGGUAGUGGCAGAACAACCUCUACAUGCAAUGAGGAAAGGUCUGCUGGAUGUGCUUCCAAAGAAUUCAUUAGAAGACUUGACAGCAGAAGAUUUCAGGCUUUUGGUAAACGGCUGUGGUGAAGUAAACGUGCAAAUGCUGAUCAGCUUUACCUCUUUCAAUGAUGAGUCAGGAGAAAAUGCUGAGAAGCUUUUGCAGUUCAAGCGUUGGUUUUGGUCCAUAGUUGAGAAGAUGAGUAUGACAGAAAGACAAGAUCUAGUUUAUUUUUGGACAUCAAGCCCAUCAUUGCCUGCCAGUGAGGAGGGAUUCCAGCCCAUGCCAUCCAUCACAAUAAGACCACCAGAUGACCAACAUCUUCCUACAGCAAACACUUGCAUUUCUCGCCUUUAUGUCCCACUCUAUUCCUCUAAACAGAUUCUGAAACAGAAAUUGUUACUCGCCAUUAAGACCAAGAAUUUUGGUUUUGUGUAGAGUAUAAAAAGUGUGUAUUGCUGUGUAAUAUUACUAGCUAAGUUUUGUAGAUUUUUCCAUUUGUCUAUAAAAGUUUAUGAAAGUUAAUGCUGUCAUACCCCUGGUGGUACUUUAUUGAUUAAAUGCAAACAUUCCUGUACUAAGUUUGUAACCUACAGGCCUAAGGAGCACUAGCAAUGUUUGACUGUAACAGUUCGCUAGUCAAUAACUUCUUGGCCUAACCCCAGCCAAAGAUGACAGCAGAACAAUAUAAUUUACACUGUGAUUUAUCUUUUUGCUGAGGGAAAAUAUGUAAAAUGUUCAGAAAAUUCACUGCUGCCUUUGUGAAAAGUGUUUCAGCAAAGGUUCUUGUAUAGAGGGAGUAGGGAAUUUCAAAAUAAAAAAUUAAGUAUGUUCUGUGUUUUAUUUUAA